GUCCUUUAAAAAUGCCGAGCUCUUGCCAGGGAUGAACACCCUGCCGCAAGAAAGUAGCUCAUGGGCUUGUGCGCAAGCGAACUCUGCAAGGGAGGGCAACCAUGGGAAAGAGAAUAAGAAUCCGAUUAAAGGGCCUUAAACUUAUCCCAGGCGGCAUCCACCGAGCUUUCAGCUUUAUUAGCAUCUGACAGGCAAAGCAAAGACACAGAGUGAGGGUCUGAAAGAAGAAGACAAGGCAAACCGAAGAAAGAGACGGAGCCAGUGAGAGUGUGGAUCAGAAAGAAGCAGCAUGAGAAAGUUCGCAGUAACUGCACCCACACCAUGGAUACUUAUGUCCCUAAGCUCCAAUGGUAAUGCAUGCUAUGAAAGGCCACUUCAUCCAUUUUCCAUUCACUAAAAAACAGCCUCAAAUUGCUCCUGACCCUGACUCCAGUCUUUUUGAGUGCUCAAGAACUGCAUUGUACAUAACAGGAGAAAGCUUGUGGUUAGCUGAUGGCCAAUGGGCUUGGGCUGGACUUAGACAUCAGUUUCUUCCAGAAAGUUUAACACGUGGUCCAAACAUGAAACUCAAGAGGAAAUAAACAAUAAAGGUAGGGGCGAUUUCGUCUUUUAAUCAUAAGACCUCGGCUAGAUCCGUUCGUAUUUGGUAGAUAGCGGGAACAUCAAAAUUGGUUGUUGUUCAUUCGAAAACUCGCUCUUUCCCAUUUUGAAGUUUCUUACAAAUUAUCAGCAACUUAUUGUUCUUCAGGAAUACUCAGCUGUUGGGAAAAUCAAAGUUUAAAGUUUACUUCUCCUUUUUGGCGUGCGGAAAGUAGCUACUGGAACAUGAUGAGUGAUAGACACCUGGGAGAUAUUCUUGGGGGCUUUGAUCAUAACCAUACAGGCAAACAGAGCCCUUUCUCAGUUUCAUCAAGCUACGACCAUACUGCAACUGCUAGUGAGAAUACACCAGGAGUGAACCAUUUGGCUACUGAUCAUGAGAAUAACAGCACUCCUCUAUAUGACAGUGCAGCAAAGAAAAAGAGAGUAUCAAGAAUCAUCGGUGGGGGGCUGCGGCAGUUCAGUAUCAUAGUUUGUAAGAAGGUGGAGAACAAGAGGACAACCACAUAUAGUGAGGUUGCAGAUGAAAUUAUAGCAGAGUUUGCUGCAGCACACAGUAAAACAGCAGUAUCUCUGGAUGAGUUUGAUGAGAAGAAUAUCCGGCGACGGGUUUAUGAUGCAUUGAAUGUCCUUAUGGCACUGGAUAUCAUCACUAGAGACAAAAAGGAAAUCAGGUGGAAGGGACUUCCAACUGCAGAUUGGAAGGAUAUAGAAGAGGUCAAGGCACUACGUGUGAAGCUUAUGACUAGGAUGGAAAAGAAAACUGCCUACUUGAAAGAUUUAGAAGAUCAAAUUGUAGGUCUCCAGAAUCUGAUGCUACGAAACCAGCAGUUGCUUAAGUCUGGAAAUGUUCCUUCAGAAGGAUUUCCUUUGCCAUUUAUAUUGGUUCAAACAAGUCCUCAUGCUACAGUUGAGAUUGAGAUUUCUGAGGACAUGCAGCUGGUGCACUUUGACUUCAACAGUACACCCUUUUCCUUGCAUGAUGAUGCUUACAUUCUUAAGUUAAUGCGGUGCUACCAACUGCCAGCUGAGAGUAGACAUGUUUCUCAGAGUUCUUCAGUUCACUCAACUUCAAGCUCCGACAUUGCAUCUGGAAGCACCAAGCCCUUCUACUGGAACUCUGAGAUGGACACACUGAAAUGAGCAUAUUUUAGAAUGUAUAAUUGGAACUGUGGUAUAGGCUUAUAGCUAGCUACAAAAUUAAUACAUAGAAAAUACAUGUAUCUAUGGUAACUUGUAUAUCAGUAUAUGAUUAUACAUCCUUCUAUUGUUUAAAUGGAUCGGCUUUUCAGCAAUAAUUGAUAACUUAAUCACUUUGUAAC